GGAAGACACGCAGGUAGUUGGGUUGAAAGAGGCAGAUGUAGAGGACAGGGUGGUAUGAAGACGGAUGAUCCGCUGUGGCGACCCCUAAUGGGCGCAGACGAAAAAAGAAAAAGUCAAAGAAUCUAAAUACUAUUGGCUGGAACCUGCUGUGCUCCUGGAAAGAAUGCACUUUUCGUAUAUUCCUCUCUCAACCCUGCUGAUUUCCCAACACUGCCAGUCUGAAGUGUCACAUUUCUAUCCAACAUCUGGUUUUCAUAGCUGAUACAGGAUGUUGUCAAAGUGCAAUAAAACAACAGUGGGUUACAAUUGUUAUUGUAUAGAUUGUGGACAGAAAGACAGGGUGAAAAUUUGUUGUGGUCUAAGCAACAGUGCAGUCCUUCUUCUGUUGUACUGUGGCCAAGGAGGCAGUCCCAAACCAAACGGCUUCUCAGUACCUACAUCUCUCAUUGAGAGGUUUUUAGCUUCAUGUGCUCACUGAGCUCAGAAUAAGUCAAGAAACAUGAUUUGGAUCAUAUUGUUUUGGAUGUAUAUGUUCCCAAAUCUUCUUGCAUUUCCCAACAGGACUGCGGACAUAAACAUUGCUGCACUUGAUGAACCUAUGACACUAGUCGAGGACUUUGAGGAUGCCGCUCCUCAGAACCAGAAGGAACAGAAGGAAACGUGCACAGUGCCGUGUGAGAUGACAGCAAAACUCAUGCAGGAAGAGAAGCAUGCUUGGUGCAGCAACCUUCAGCAUGCCAUGACAACAUAUACAAGGAGCACCAGAAAGCUGAUCCGAGAUUUAAUGGAUGAACAGCAGAAGACCCUGGAAUUCCUCUCUAAUCAGGUAAUGGAACUUUCAAGCAAAUUCCACAGUCUCAGUUUAGAUGUUCAGAGGAGCAACAGUGAGAUGUUUUCUGUGAAGCCAAUGCAUGCUCAUGGUAGAGACUGCAGUGAUAUCAAGGAAACACUACAGGAGGUAUCACCGAAAAUUCCAAGUGGAGUUUACAUCAUUCAGCCUGAAAACUCUGAGCUUUUGUUUGAGGUUUUUUGUGAGAUGGAUUACAUGGAUGGAGGCUGGACGGUGAUCCAGCGGCGAACUGAUGGCCUGACUGACUUUAAACGUGCUUGGUCAAGCUACCUGGAUGGAUUUGGACCCCUACCAGGAGAACACUGGCUCGGUUUAAGGAAAGUGCACAGUAUUGUGGGUCAGAAGAACACACGUUUUAAGCUUCACAUAUCCUUCGUCUCUCAAGACGACUCCACUGCGUAUGCCUCAUACGACAACUUCUGGAUUGAAGAUGAGAACAAAUUCUUUGCAAUUCAUCUGGGCAGAUAUGCUGGUAGUGCAGGUGACGCUUUCAGAGGAUUUGAUCAAGAACAAAAUCAGGACACAGCACCUUUCAGCACAUCCGAUGUAGAUAAUGAUGGCUGCGUUCCUUACUGCACUUUUAAUGGCAAAGCCGUGGAGAGCUGCAGCGUUCGACACAACAACACCGGCUGGUGGUUUAAUCAGUGUGGCAGGGCAAAUCUCAACGGCUCACCGUUAGACCAUGAUCCCUCUACUCAGCCACACAUUCACUGGGACACGUGGACUAAGAACGGAGAGCCUGUCAGCAUCAAGUCAGUAACAAUGAAGAUCAGGAGAGUUGAAGGCUCAAAUCUCAAAUAAGUUUUUAAUAAGUCAAAAUGCAGUUAAAUAAUAUAAAUAUACAACAAUUUGAAAUAUGUCUUUAAACAAACAAAGAAUGAUCUAAUAUUCCUCUUUCUGGUGUCAGUCGUAACAAUUAAUGCUAUGUUUAUAAACUAAUAGUGUUGCUGAAAUCUAUUAUUAGUGCCACUAAUUUUGGGCUGGAUGAUGGAACGAAGUGUUGAAGCAAUGACAUAUUUUAUUAAAAUAAUUUUAUUUCAAAUAUCUUUCAUAUUUAAUUGUAUUCUUACAACAUUAAAUUUUUAAAUGCAAAAAAUGGCCGGGCACAAUUUAUUUAUUAAUUAAGAACACCACCGUUAUAUGUAAUGUUGUUAAUUUGUUGUCUGCAAACUAAUGAUUUCCUUUUAUUACUUAUGUUAUAGAUUAUCAUUCCAUCACCAGCCUAUUUUUAUUAUUUUUUAUUAGUAAUUAUGAAAAAGAAAGCCAUACAGUUAGAAAAAUGCAGCACUAGAAAUCACUGACACUGAAGACCCUUUCUAAUCAUUUUAUAUAAAAAAUUAAUUAACACCUACUAAGCAAUUAUAUAAAACAAUUAUGCAGUGCUUUGUGUGGUGUAAAAGCAGUUAAAACAUUAAUGUGGGUGGCCGGUUAUUUGUAUUUAAUCCAUUGUCCUUACAGACAAAUGAAAGUGCCUGCAUAGUGUGUGGCCCCUGAGUAUCAUCGUUGUCCUAAUGUAAAUACAGUCAUAGUUAUCUGUGUACGUUAAACCAUCUGUACUGUGUCUAUUCAGAGCACAGAGUUCCUUAUGUCCUUUCAGAGACUAAACAAAACACCAGAGUUUCAGGGAAGCACCACAUAAAGAGCACAGAGAACAUGACUGACAGCAUGAAAACUUGGAUAAGAGUAGGGUCUAGAAAUGUCACAUACCAUACAGGGCACCUGUACCCACCAACAUGCAGGACAUAUAAUACGGGGCCAGUCUGGCCUGACUUAAUUCAUUUAGGAAUAAAAAAAAGUAGUUGCUACUGGUGUGUAUUAUAUGUGUAUUUUGUCAAUAUGACCAAAAGAUUGUGGACACUUGACCAUCAGUCUUAUAUGUGUGCCUACACCAAAAUGCUACCACAAAAUAUGAAGCACAUAACUGUCAAUUUUUUCAACUAUUGCUGUGCAUGUACUCCAGUGAUCUGCACAGAACCCUGACUGUGUACCCCAAUGAACACCUUUGAGAUAAACUGGAGUGCCGACUUCACCCCAGACCUUCUCGCCAAACACCAGCGCCUGAUGCUUUUCUGGCUGAAGGCGCACAAAUCCCAGAUCCUAAUCCAAAUUCCAAAAUGUACUGGAUAGCCAUCCCUAAAAGAGUGGAGAUUAAUAACAGCAAAGAGGGACUAAAUACGGAAUUGGACGUUCAGCGAGCAUGAUGAUCAGGUGUCCACAAACCUUAUUUGAUCAUAUUGUACAAAUUUUAUCUUUGAAAAAAAUAUGGAAAUGUUCGCCGAAAACAUUUAGAGUUGUUUCUCUUGUAGAUGCAUGAUGGGAUUUAUUGUAUUUUUGUUUUCUAGUGAAGAUUUAUUUCUUUUCUUAAUGCUUGAAAUGCUUGAAAAUGUAAAUAAAACCCAAUCUGAUUGUCA